AUGGAGGUAAUUCACGGCAGGCCCUACUGUUGCAGGGAGCUUGAUGGAUCUGACAUACUGUCCGACACCUUUUACUCUAACGAAAUACACACUCCACUAGAAACAACUACUCGCCCAACUGCCUCACAUCACAGAUAUCGUGAAUUAAGGGAGUCUCUCAAACAAUGUAGGCUAACGUGGGGCACUGAAAGGGAGUAUGGCAGGAUGAUGCCUAUUUCACUCCCUGAAGAACACAGACCAAAGGGCGAACCUCUUUCUGCCAUGGGCAAAGGACACCAGCAUUAUGGAUUUGGUGGAGAAAACUGGCCAAGAAAGCUUCCUAUUGAGCAAUUUUAUUAUUUGACACAGAACAAAAAAAGUGACCUCUAUGGAAAUGAUUCUUUGAUGCCCAAACCACCUAGUUCAACAGUAGAAGAAAUCUGUUCCCUGUAUCCAAUUGAACACCCCUAUCACACACACAUCUCCCGUGGUGCCAUGUUCCCAACCUUCACAUCACCUAAGGAGCUCUACACUGGCAUUAAAGCCCGAAGCCAUCAGCCAUUUCCUCCCACUGUGCCAACAAAGGCUUAUGAUACUACAGUUUUGAAGACAAGAGGUAAUCCUUACAGAUAUGAACUGCUUGAUUUUCCCAUGGACUCAAAGAAGAAAGCCUUGACGUGGCCAGGUCAGGGUGUAUAUUAUGAUUUCCCUAAAUGUGUUGGGAAACACAAGCCAGUAUUCUACCCCAAACCUCCUAAAACCUUCGCGCCUAACACUUCUUUAAAUUCGUGGGAUCCUGUUAACUCUCUAAAAGAAGCCAACAUACAAAGAAAUCUUGAGCGGUCCCACUGGAUCACUUCAUACAAUAGUGAUUUUACAGGUCAGGGACCGAUGAAUCCUCUUGAACUGGAUGAUUACCAUGAAAAGGAGGUAGCAGAGCUCACUGGACAGAUAGGAUUUGACCCAGAACCGCAAGAAAAAUUCCACUCUGUCUUAAAACCAUCCAGACCCUUGGAAGGACGAAUUGCCCGAUUAAGUCAGAACCGACGUCCUCUGCAGGCUACUCUACAGCAAAAACAACCUUCCUGUCCAGAUUGUACCCCCAGAGUUUUGUGUAAUUUUCAUACCUUUAUACCCAGUUCUACUGAAAUGAUGGCACUUAGAGAUAAUACACCGGCGGGUGUGAGCCAUAAAAACCAGGCAAUUGAAGACAAGAUUAAGGAAGAACAACACUUGCUGUCUACCUAUACACUCCCAUCCUGUUACGAAACAAAAGGUCUGACUAACACUUAUGAUAUAAAAUCACUUCCAAAAAUCACAGACACUAAAAAGACAGAAGACUUGUACUGGAGACAGCUGUCACUAAAACCGCAACCUGUAACAUACUGUAACCCAAACCAUUACAUCCAGUAUGACCACCUUAAAUCUACCAUGCAUGAUCCGUAUGCUAUAUGUCAAAACUCUGUUAGUCUUAGUAAGCCUAAUGUUUUACACAAUAAAUCAGACUCAGCAGCUUUGGACUUAGAACAUUUUUUAAAUGAACCAGAAGAACAGUUGACUUUGAAUAUGGAAAACAACGAAGAAGCAAGACCUAACCUGGAUUGGAUUCCUAGAACUGGAGUGACCAAGCCACAGACUGACCUACUGGAGCUUAAGAACUCAUUUUCAAAAACUGGUGCACAAAAGCAGUUCUACAAAUCAAUUCUAGAAGACCAUAAUGAUCUUAGGGUUAAGGAUGACUCAGGAAUGAAACACCAAUUCUAUGGCUUUAAUUCCUAUUAUUUCUAUCAUUGA